AUGAGGACCAAGCUCGCUAAACAGCCAAGGGGAGGAGCCAUCAGGGAGUCCGUGAGACUCCUUGUAUACGUCGUUGUUCUCACUACCGGUACUGCUCUAAGCUAUUGGAGCACCCCCCUACUGAAUUGGAUGAACGUGAAUGCCACAACCACUACCAAAGUUAAUGGGACAAGUACCAGCAGCAGUGGUUACACCAACACCACAACACCGCUGGAGUCCAAGGACAGCAUGAUUGUUGACCUUCUAAAACAACAAAUGCAGGAACUAGAAAAGGAAAAGAGCAAUCUAAAAGAAUCCUUGGAAAGAGAACGCAAACAUUCUGAGGAGCUCUUGAAGGAAAAGGAAUCCAUUGAAAAAGAACACAUGCAUGCUGAGGAGCUCUUGAAGCAAAAUGAAUCCAUUGAGAAAAAUCACCAGCAGCCACAAACAGAAACUGGCUUAGAGGAAGUCAAGACUGCCACGUCCAUCGACCCACAGCCUAAUACAAAAGUGGAAUCUUUGGAAUCCAACACUGCAAAAGUGGAGAUUGCACCCAACCCUGAUGGUUCAAUGGCAUCUGAUAUAUCCUCCAUGUAUCACCUUCCAGACCAAUCCAGGGUAGUUGUUGAACUUCGGUCUGAUGCUCGUUGUCCCCGACCCUACCUUGUGGGUCGUUUGUCUGGACCUGCCCUGGUUCGGUUGGCUUGGACAUGGUCUAGUGGUAAUGGGAAAAGUGGUAGUGUGAUGACUGGGACCUAUGAUGUCCCUGACAAUGGGGAAUACUUCUUGGAGAUCCUGGUUGUCCACUGCAAUGACUUUUCUUAUGGGGUUCGCAGUGCACUGGAGGACAGAGACAACCUUAAAAGUCCAACACUAAAGGUUACAGGUGAACCUAAUCCAUUGACCUUUAACUUUCAACCUGUCUGCACUGAAGAUCCAUUUAAGGGUCGACUCACCAGCAAGACUGCCUCCAUCCUAAUUGCGCAGAAUGGCAACACAGAUGGUGAGGUUGUGCCCGGAUUUUGGAAGAAGACAGACAAAGUCAAGGCCACUGUGUUACACACCCGAUUGCAACCAGAACUGUGCUACCAUGAAUUUAUGGCACAGCAGAACUUGUCCCAGAUUUGUCAUGAACAGGUCCAGCUAGAUCGAUUUCUAGACUAUGAGUUUGAAUGGUCAUCCUCCAUGAAGCACCUAAGUGCAGAGGCAGUGCAGCAGUCCAGUCUUACCACCAUUUGCAUUGCUGGAUGGAGUCAUGCCCGUCUACUUGUCAAUGUAUCCACAACAAUGGGAUUCAGGCCUGUUAAUCCAACACAAAACCUUUACAACAUUACAACUAAAUGGGUCAAGGCAAAGUAUCCUCUGGAUGUUGUGAAUCAAGUCAACUUUAUGAAAGAGAAAAACUGCAGCAGCCUGAUUAUUGGUGUGACUCAAUGGCCUGCGAGCUAUGAUGGGAAUCGCCCAACACUACUGGGAGAUUACUACAAGGACUUGAAAGACAUGGUCCAAGCAGUGAGAACUGCCAUACCUGGGCUUUCCUUGUUCUUUCGAAGUGUUCAUAUAACUCCCUUGAUGGGCUCUGCUAUCAUGUGUCCACCAAAGGAUUGGCGCACAGGAACGGCCAUGAAUGGAUACAAUGAAGUGAUACAACAAGUUUGCCAAGAAAUGAAUAUUCAAUUCUUGGAUGCUACAUUUUUGACAGCACCAGUGUGGGAUGCAUCCCCUGACUACAAUCACUUGGAUGAAAGGACAUCAAAUGCUGAGAUUUUGUAUCUUGCAUCUUCUGCUUUGCUGCUCAGGGGAAAGUGA